AUGCACUUGCUGGGCUUCUUGUCUCUGGCGUGUUCCCUGCUCGCCGCUGCGCUGAUCCCGGGUCCGCGCGAGGCGCCCGCCACAGCCGCCGCCUUCGAGUCCGGACUGGGCUUCUCGGAAUCAGAGCCCGACGGGGGCGAGGUUAAGGCUUUCGUAGGCAAAGACCUGGAGGAGCAGUUGCGGUCAGUGUCCAGCGUAGAUGAGCUCAUGUCUGUCCUGUACCCAGACUACUGGAAAAUGUACAAGUGCCAGCUGGGGAAAGGUGGCUGGCAGCAACCCACCCUCAACACAAGGACAGGGGACACUGUAAAAUUUGCUGCUGCACACUACAACACAGAGAUCUUGAAAAGUAUUGAUAAUGAGUGGAGAAAGACUCAAUGCAUGCCACGUGAGGUGUGUAUAGAUGUGGGGAAGGAGUUUGGAGCAGCCACAAACACCUUCUUUAAACCUCCAUGUGUGUCCGUCUACAGAUGUGGGGGUUGCUGCAACAGCGAGGGGCUGCAAUGCAUGAACACCAGCACAGGUUACCUCAGCAAAACGUUGUUUGAGAUUACAGUGCCACUCUCUCAAGGUCCCAAACCAGUCACAGUCAGUUUUGCCAAUCACACUUCCUGCCGAUGCAUGUCUAAGCUGGAUGUUUACAGACAAGUUCACUCAAUUAUUAGACGUUCUCUGCCAGCAACAUUACCACAGUGUCAAGCUGCCAACAAGACUUGUCCAGCAAACUACGUGUGGAAUCACUACAUGUGCCGAUGCCUAGCUCAGCAAGAUUUUAUAUUCUAUUCAAAUGCUGAGGAUGACACAACCAGUGGAUUCCAUGAUGUCUGUGGACCCAACAAGGAGCUGGAUGAAGAUACCUGCCAGUGUGUCUGCAAAGGGGGGCUUCGACCAUCCAGCUGUGGACCCCACAAGGAACUAGACAGAAACUCAUGCCAGUGUGUCUGCAAAAACAAACUUUUACCCAGCUCAUGUGGAGCCAACAGGGAAUUUGAUGAAAACACAUGCCAGUGUGUAUGCAAAAGAACCUGUCCAAGAAAUCAACCCCUGAACCCUGGAAAAUGUACCUGUGAAUGUACAGAAAACACACAGAAAUGCUUCCUUAAAGGGAAGAAAUUCCACCAUCAAACAUGCAGUUGUUACAGAAGACCAUGUACAAAUCGACUGAAGAACUGUGACCCAGGACUGUCAUUUAGUGAAGAAGUGUGUCGCUGUGUCCCAUCAUAUUGGAAAAGACCACAUAUGAACUAAGAUUAUACCAAUUUUCAGUCCACCCUUUUACUGUCUUGAAGAACUGUUGCCAUGGUAGAACUUUCUGUGCCCAGAAAGUCUCCGCGGGACCCGAGUCUGUGUUUCUUGAACUAUGUGGCUAACUGUGGAAGUGGACUGGCACUCAUGUGCAAAAGACCUCUUCAAAGACUGGUUUUCUGCCAGUGAACAGACAGUUGAGGUUUUUCUCUUGUGAUUUAAAAAAAAAGAAAAAGAAAAAAAGAAUGACUAUAUAAUUUAUUUCCACUAAAAAUAUUGUUCUGCAUUCAUUUUUAUAGCAAUAACAAUUGGUAAAGCUCACUGUGAUCAGUAUUUUUAUAACAUGCAAACUAUGUUUAAAAUAAAUGAAAAUUGUAUUGUAA